CGCGCGGGGGAGGGGCGGCCUCAGCGCGGCGCUCGGGGAUCAGCUGGCGGGCGGGCGCCGAAGCGGCCCCGGCUCUGCGGCAGCGCCGCCUCCUUCGCGUCGCAGGCCGGCGACCGUGGCCAUGUCGCGGGGCUGGUAGCUGGGCUCGCCGCCGAGCGGCCGCUAGUUUAAACUUAAACGAUCGCUCCCCGAGGAGGAGGGGACCCGCCGCGCGAUUGACAGUAUAUUCCUGCAGGCGCCGUCCCUCAGCCCCCACCCCACGGCCGGAUUCCCGUGGCUCUGCUCAGGGCUGAAACCGGAGAAGAAAUCCUUAGAUCUCCUUUCUUUACAACAAAUACGAACCUAGAAACCAUCGGCAUUUUGCCUUGGCGUUUCAUAUUGGAAAGAUGAAGAAGUUUUUCGACUCCAGGCGGGAGCAGGGAAGCUCUGGCCUGGGUUCAGGCUCCAGCGGAGGAGGGGGCAGCAGCUCAGGCCUGGGCAGUGGUUACAUCGGAAGGGUCUUCGGCAUCGGGAGGCAGCAGGUCACCGUGGACGAGGUGUUGGCGGAAGGUGGAUUCGCUCUUGUCUUUCUGGUGAGAACAAGCAAUGGGGUGAAAUGUGCCUUGAAACGUAUGUUUGUCAACAAUGAGCAUGACCUCCAGGUGUGCAAGAGGGAGAUCCAGAUCAUGAGGGACCUAUCAGGGCACAAGAACAUUGUGGGCUACAUUGAUUCUAGUAUCAACAAUGUGAGCAGUGGCGACGUGUGGGAAGUUCUCAUUCUCAUGGACUUCUGCAGAGGAGGCCAGGUGGUAAACCUGAUGAACCAGCGUCUCCAGACAGGCUUUACAGAGAAUGAAGUGCUGCAGAUAUUCUGCGACACCUGUGAGGCUGUGGCCCGCCUGCAUCAGUGCAAAACUCCCAUUAUCCACCGGGACCUGAAGGUUGAAAAUAUCCUCUUGCAUGACCGAGGCCACUAUGUCUUGUGUGACUUUGGAAGUGCCACCAACAAAUUCCAGAAUCCACAGGCCGAGGGAGUCAAUGCAGUAGAAGAUGAGAUUAAGAAAUACACAACGCUCUCCUAUCGAGCCCCAGAAAUGGUCAACUUAUACAGUGGCAAAAUCAUCACUACGAAGGCAGAUAUUUGGGCUCUUGGCUGUUUGUUGUAUAAAUUAUGCUACUUCACUUUGCCAUUUGGGGAGAGCCAGGUGGCAAUUUGUGAUGGAAGCUUCACAAUUCCUGAUAACUCUCGAUAUUCACAAGAUAUGCACUGCCUUAUUAGAUAUAUGUUGGAACCAGACCCCGACAAACGGCCGGAUAUUUACCAGGUUUCUUACUUCUCAUUUAAACUACUCAAGAAAGAUUGCCCAGUUCCAAAUGUACAGAACUCUCCCAUUCCUGCAAAACUCCCUGAACCAGUGAAAGCCAGUGAGGCAGCUGUAAAAAAGAGCCAGCCAAAGGCCAGACUGACCGAUCCCAUUCCCACCACGGAGACUUCAAUCGCACCCCGCCAGAGGCCUAAAGCUGGGCAGACUCAGCCAAACCCAGGAAUCCUUCCCAUUCAGCCAGCUCUGACUCCUCGUAAGAGGGCCACUGUUCAGCCCCUACCUCAGGCUGCAGGACCCAGCAAUCAGGCUGGACUUCUAGCCAGUGUUUCCCAACCUAAAGCCCAAGCCACACCCAGUCAACCUCUUCAGUCAUCUCAACCCAAGCAGCCACAAGCUCCACCCACCCCACAGCAGACCCCAGCUACCCAGACCCAAGGUCUGCCCACUCAGGCCCAGGCCACGCCCCAGCACCAGCAGCAGCUCCUCCUCAAGCAACAGCAGCAGCAGCAGCAACAGCCUCAGCAGCCUACAGCACCACAGCCAGCAGGCACCUUUUACCAACAGCAGCAGCAGCAGGCUCAGACUCAGCAGUUUCAGGCAGUACAUCCAGCAGCCCAGCAACCAGUCACUGCUCAGUUCCCUGUGGUGUCCCAGGGAGGCUCUCAGCAACAGCUGAUGCAGAACUUCUACCACCAGCAGCAACAGCAGCAGCAGCAACAACAACAGCAGCAACAGCUGUUGGCUCAGCAGGCUGCCCUGCAGCAGAAGACAGCUGUGGUAGUGCCACAGCCUCAGGCACAGCCAGCCACAGCCCCACAGGCAGCCGCUGCCCAGGAGCCUGGGAUUCAAGCCCCAGCGAGACAACAGCCAAAAGUUCAGACAACUCCACCUCCAACCAUCCAGGGACAGAAAGUUGGAUCUCUUACUCCUCCAUCAUCCCCCAAAACCCAACGUGCUGGGCACAGGCGGAUUCUCAGUGAUGUAACCCACAGUGCAGUCUUUGGGGUUCCUGCCAGCAAAUCAACCCAGCUGCUCCAGGCAGCUGCAGCUGAGGCCAGUCUCAAUAAAUCUAAGUCUGCAACCACCACUCCCUCAGGCUCUCCACGGACUUCGCAGCAGAAUGUCUCUAAUGCUUCAGAAGGCUCCACAUGGAAUCCUUUUGAUGACGACAACUUCUCCAAACUCACAGCUGAAGAGCUGCUAAACAAGGACUUCGCCAAGCUUGGGGAAGGAAAGCUUCCUGAGAAGCUUGGUGGCUCUGCAGAGAGUUUGAUCCCAGGCUUCCAGCCAACACAAGGAGAUGCCUUCACCACAUCCUCUUUUUCUGCUGGAACUGCUGAAAAAAGGAAGGGGGGCCAGGCUGUGGACUCUGGCAUCCCACUUCUAAGUGUGUCUGAUCCCUUCAUUCCUCUUCAAGUACCUGAUGCUCCAGAAAAACUAAUUGAGGGACUCAAAUCUCCUGACACUUCUCUUCUGCUCCCUGACCUCUUGCCUAUGACAGACCCUUUUGGCAGCACUUCCGAUGCUGUGAUUGAAAAAACUGAUGUUGCUGUUGAGAGUCUCAUACCUGGACUGGAGCCACCUGUUGCCCAGCGCCUCCCAUCUCAAACGGAAUCUGUGACCUCGAACCGCACAGACUCUCUCACGGGGGAAGACUCUCUGCUUGACUGCUCUCUGCUUUCUAACCCUACUGCUGACCUUCUGGAGGAGUUUGCCCCCAUAGCACUCUCUGCUCCUACUCAUAAAGCUGCAGAAGAUAGUAAUCUCAUCUCAGGUUUUGGUGUCGCUGAGGGCUCCGAAAAGGUGGCAGAAGAUGAGUUUGACCCUAUUCCUGUACUGAUAACCAAAAACACACAAGGUCUCCAGAGAGAGCCCAGUCCUUGCCCUGUAAUUACUAUAGAGCACUUUAAAGAAUCCGUGGGCACCAAAGGCCUCCCCCUCUAUCCAGAUCCCUGCAGAGCUCCUGGCACCAAGACUCAGAACGCCUUAGAGUCUGACUCUCUGGCCCGAGAGGGUCCUUCCAGCAACAGCUCCUUCCACAGCAGUGAGGAGGAGGGGACCGACCUCGAGGGGGACAUGCUGGACUGCAGUGGGUCUCGGCCUCUCCUGGAGUCUGACGAGGAGGAUGAGAGCUGCCGGCCCCUCCAGGAGAAGCUGGGAGAAGCCACCCUGUUCUCUGAAUCUGGAGUGUCCACUGAGCCAGAAGAAAGGGGACAAGGAGGGAAAAAGAGCCAGUUCUUGCCAAUCAACCAGCAAGUCUUAGAUGAUCUCGGGGAGCCUGACGUCUUUGCCACGGCCCCCUUCAGGAGCUCGCUGGUUCCAACAGAGGACAUGGACAUUUUCUCCAAAGCCCCUUUUGUUUCCAAGGGCAGCGUAGUGCCUUCCCAGACAGAGGAAGUAGAUGUGUUCUCCAGAGCUCCUUUUACCAAGAAGAGGAGCGUGGAGGAGUUCCUGGCUGUGCAGGGCUCCUCACAGGAUUUGCCAAUGCAGGCCAACCUCAGUCAGCCCAGCGAAGGGCCUCUGCUUGCAGGCCGAGAUCGAGCCAUGUACACCCCUGCACAGGCGCAGCAUCCUGUGACUGGCUUUGCACCGCAGGCUGGUCUCCCUUCCCACUCUGUCCAGGCCACAGACCAUUUUGACAGCAACUCUCCCAGGGGGUCUCCCAUGAACUCUGGGGGCCAUCCUAGUGACAGAAACAGAGGACUACAGCCCCAGAAAGAAGCCUUCUCAGGCCCAGCGGCUGGCAAGCCAUUCCGCCCCCAGGCUUUAUCCAAAUAUUCUCGACACUAUAGCCCAGAAGAUGAGCCAAGUGCAGAAGCCCAGCCCAUUGCUGCCUACAAGAUUGUUUCACAAAGCAAUAAGCAGUUACUGGCUGGCUCUGUGUCUGUCACAUCCUUGUCCUCCAGGACUACAGAGCUGGCCACUGCUGACCCUUUUGCUUUAGCUCCCUUUCCUUCAAAAGCAAGCAAACAGAAACCCUAGGAGCAGAGGCGAGCCUGAGGCCUGCCUCCACCCACCCCACCAGCACCCAUCACACCACUCCUGGCUGGCCUUUCAGGGAGCCAAGCCCAUCCACUGUGACCUUGCAGUCCCCUGCCUCAGAGCAGAAUCACUUCGAGGCAACUAGCCAAGUUGCUGUGAGCCUCGGCAGAAGCUCCUUACUUCACACUUCUUGCUUUUGUUUAUAUUCAUUCCCAGGCUUGUAGGCAUUUGUGUCACCUUCAUAGAGGCCUUCCACCACACUCAGAACUCUGAUAUUUUUUUUUUCGGCCCAGAAACCUUUUUAAUCCAGGAAUAUUUUACCCCCAGUUAACGGCCUAUAUUAUACCAUGACUUUGAAUUCCUACAGCUUCUGUUGGAGUCACUUGCAUUGAAGAGUUACAACUCAACAAUACUCUUGGAACAGAGAGGUUUCUAGAAAGAAGAGCAAUACAAACCUACUGCACAUCUGGAGAAGUUAAUCUUUCAGCUACUCAUCUUCCAUUCCUAUGGAGCCAGCAGCUCGCAGAGUACUCUGGGAUCUGCCACUGAGUCUGUAGGAGCCAAGCUGGCCCUGUGCACAAGUGUCUGGGUGCAUACUAUGGGUCAGAUUCUCUGUCGAGUAAAGGAGCACAUGGGUGGGAGAAGCACUCCGCCUCUCACGGUCCGCUUUUAGACUAGUGUGGAUGCUUAUGUGCUCAUGCAUAUGAGAAACCUUUGUCGUUUGAGUGAAACCACCAUGCCUACCUCCAUUAUCAAAUCACUCGUUUUCUUGCAUUUGCCUGUUGACCUGACUUGAACCUUGGCUUUAUUAGAUUUUUCUUCUCAUGGUAGAAUUGAAGUUGUCGGACAAUUUGGGGCAAUCCUGCUGGAACUGAGGUGUCAGAGUGGAUUUUUUAAAUUCCAUUUACCUGGUUUUAAAAAAUCAAUUUCCUAAAACUGGACAUGGUAGGUACCUCAUGACUGUAAUCCUAGGACUUGGGAAGCUAAGGCAGGAGGAUUGCCACAAGUUAGAGACUAGCCUCGACUUAAUACUGAAUUCCAAGUCUCCAUAUCUCAACACCCUCUCCUCCCAGCCAAAAAAGUCAUCGGUCCUUGUGUUUCCCUGGCAACGGGGGAAGAGAAUCUUCAGAGGUCCAGCCACUGGGAAUCCUGCCUGGGUACCAUUGUUGUGAAAUUCAUUAAUCAGGAGCCCAAACCACAAGCUAAGUUUGCCUUUUAUUUCACCAAACCCUGCCCAUACACCUCUACUGCCUCUUAAGUGGGUACAGACCUGAGACCUAGAAGUAAACUGAGACUGGAAAAGAGUUGGUCAGUUGUCCUUGCAAAUCUUUAAAUGAUCUGUUCCUUUCAGGUGUUAAAGUAGAGCAGACAGGUGACUGGCUGCGUGUUCAGAAGGGUGUUUUUAUGUCUGACAGCUCUGACUCAUUCCUAGAGUUUUUCAUGCCCUUUAUUUUUACUGCCUUAAAAUAAGCCCUGACUCCAUGGGGGCGUUCGCUGAGGAAAGAGUCAGCACCAAAGCCAGGUGCACGCUCGCUGCUUCUCACAGACACUUCCUCCACCUGCCUGGGGAAGUGUGGAGAGCUAUGUACCAAACUAGAUUAGUGAUGUAAAAAUUGCUAGAAGCUAGGCACAGUAGCAUACCGCUGCAAGCAGGGCACUCAGGUGGUACAGAAAGAAGGAAUUCCAGGGCAGCCUAGACUACAUGAAACACUGUCCCAAAAGAGAAAAAGAGAAUUACUGAAAAUCCAUCCAGGACUGAAGCCUGAAUGCCAGGCUGCACUUGCAAUCCCUUAGUUGUGAUAGCCUUUAAAUUUGAAAGGCAGGGCUUGGGUGCACAACUUGGCAGAAGAAUACAUGCUUAGCAUGCACAGUGCCCUGGGGUCUGUCGUCAGUACACAAAAACAAUACAGUAAAAUCUAGAAGUCUUGACAGUAACAUAAGAAUGACUAUUUUUUGUGGUGUUAGAUGUCUUUAACCCCAGAACUUGUGAGGCAAGGACAGGUGGAUCUGUGAGUUUGAGGCCAGCCUGUCUAUAUAACAAGUUCCAGGCCAGCCAGUGAGUGAACCCUGUCUUUAGAGAGGGAAAGGGGGCUAUUUUUCCCUCUUUUCUUCUUAACAUUCUCCACCUGUUUAAAUAACAGGCAGUGUGUUGGGGCCCAUAGCAGUGCCAUCUGAGGACUCCAUCCCACCAGAAACCUGCCUUUCACUUCAGUAAAGGUUAAAUGUCUUCUUUAGGAACUUGCUUUCUCACAGUUAUUACUAUUACUAUUAUUAUUCGAGACAGGGUUUCUCUGUAUAGCCAGCCCUUGCUGUCCUGGAACUCACUCUGUAGACCAGGCUGGCCUCGAAUUCAGAGAUCCACCUGCCUCUGCCUCCCAAGUGCUGGGAUUAAAGGCAUGCGCCACCACUGCCCAAUUAUUAUUUUUAAAUUUCCUGUAUAAUAGUGGAUACAAAAUUGUCUUUCUAUUAAAUAAGUAGUUUGACUAACGCACAUGGAACUUUGCAACCAAACUUCCCAGGCUUGUCAUCAGAUGAAGUCCUCCAAGGCACAUGCUGAAAGGAUGGCUCCUCCCAGGUUGUAGCACAUACUGGUUGUAGUCCCAGCUGCUUAGGCAGCUGGGGCAGAAAGAUGGCUUGAGCCCAGGAUCUCAUGGCCAGCCUUGGCAACACAGAAGGACCCAUCUCUUGAUGAGAAACUUCAAAAUGCAAGGUCAACAGCAUCUCAGUAAUAGCGCUGCAAACUGGUCUUUCUUUGAUUACUGGAUUGCUCCUUCUAAUCAGUCACUUUAUCUCACAAGGUCCAAAUUAGAAUAAAAUCAUGGAUUCUUUAUCUUAUAUAGUUUAAUCAUUUGUGAAGUGUGGGCUUAGGGCCUCUUUUAGACUGAGUGCAAAGUCUAUCUGCCAUCUUUGAAUAGCGAAUGAAUGUGACCACAGGCAGACUGUUUUUUUUUUUUCUUUCUUUUUUUUUUUUUUUCCGAGACAGGGUUUUUCCUGUGUAGCCCUGGCUGUCCUGGAACUCACUCUGUAGACCAGGCUGGCCUCGAACUCAGAAAUCCGCCUGCCUCUGCCUCCCAAGUGCUGGGAUUAAAGGCGUGUGCCACCACCGCCGGGCCGACUGUUUUUUUCUUACAUAGUGAUUCGUGAAGGAAAUCUGACACAUCAUAACCCAACAGAUGAGUUCUGAAGGAGGUGCUGGGAAGAGUCUGGAUUACACGAUUAGUGUGUAGUUUAAAGAUCAGGUGUCUUUGUGGGAUGCCAUCCUGAGUGGAAAUCCAGAGAGGUUUGUUUUACAGGGAAUUAUGAGUGCUUAAGGUCUGAAUCAGUACUGAGUUCCCAGUGACCAUCCUGUAACAACUUAAUAGUGAAGAGGAAAACAUUGUCAACAAUGUACUACACUUCCUUUGUUUUAGUUUCUGCUGUGUGUUCGCUACUUUGUAUAUGUCAUAGGAAACACCAGAGAUUUUGGACUUUUGACCCAGUAGACAGAGAUGAGCCAGAGUGUCCUUAAGCAACACCUUAUGCUGUAUCAUGUACUAAUGAAUGAUGUGCUAGGCUGGGAGCAUAGCUCAGAGAUGGAGCCGGGCAUAAGUGAAGCCCUAGGCUCAGCACCAUUAACUGACUAACGAGCACUGUUAACAGUUAACUUAUCUGUGACCAUUUCCUAGGCUUGCAGUACAGCUCUUUAGCACCAAAUCCAUGGUUAGAGUCAAAACAGAUGAAAUGAAACAAUGAAGUGAGCCUCUGUGGCAAGCUGAGCCAAAAGGAUUGUGAAUUGAAACCCGUGCUAGCCCUUAGUAGGAUCUUACUGUCAAACUUUAAAGUGGCUUGGUGUAUAGUUAGGUGGGAGAGUGCUUACCUAGAACGUGCGACCACUGGGUUUCUUUAACUGAAGUCCAGGGAGACAGCACAAGAUGCUUCCAUUGUCAUGGUGAGCAGUCUCACCAGAGAACGUGAACAGAAGUUGGUGCUGAAAGCAGAUUUCAGUUCAUACAGCCUGUUUUGUCCUGGCUUACUUGUGGAAUUGAAAACCUAUGUACUGGCACAUGCUCCAGCAUACAUGCGUGUGUGUGUGUGUGUGUGUGUGUGUGUGUGUGUGUGUGUGUGUGUGUGUUAACAGUCUUCUACUCACUAACCCAUGCUAUGUCUCAAGUUUUGUCUGGCAACUGAGUUCUUCAAAAUGGUUAAGAAAAUGCUGCCUUAGCAGCCUGUUGUAUAGUUAUGUGUUGGAGUCUGUGCUUGUCAGUGUUUUCAGCUAGUCUUCACUGGUGCAUGCAAUAUUAGAGUGAUCUGAUGAUAAGAAAUUCUGUAUUUUUAUUCUGUAAAAUGAGAAUAAUGAAAAUAUAUCAAAUUGUAUGAUAUGUACACAUUAAUUCAAAUAAGAAAUGUAAAGUGGAAAACCAGGGACCAGGAGAUGCAGUGCCCUCACCAGCAGUGAGUGGGCAGCUCCCAGUGGAGUCCAUUUGGGUCCCUCAAAUGUAGAGAUGGUACCCUCUGUGGUGUCUUUGGCAUUCAAACUUUAGAACACAUCCCAACUCCAAAAUGGCUGCUCAUCACAGCAUUUCUCUCAGCAUCAAAGUCGUCUUGGUGGACGGUAGUUAGCAGGGGUGCAGUGGUAGAGGCAGGAGCACCUGACACUUCUCAUGGCCGCCAUUUCCCAGGCCUCCAGUGCUUGCCUAAAACAGUAAACACUGGGAUUAUAAGUAGAAUCAUGUCAUUUUGAGUUUUUAGUUUUUGAACUGUAGCCUUUUUCAAUAUUUGUUUUUGUUUUAAACACCAGAACACUUGAAAACUUAGUAAAAACUUAAAGAAAAGCUUUCAAAAUGUUUAAGAAUAAAAAGUAGUGUCUGUCCAGUUGUAGGUGGUUCUGCCCUGUCCCUGGAGAUCUCCAUGCUCCCUAUCCCCGUUCCUGCUCUCCCUUAGUUAUUUCCCCAGCAGUCUCCUGUUCUGACCAGACCAAUCAGUGGGUGCUCAGCAGUCAUGUUCACUCGUGGCUGUUUCCCUUGCUGUUGCUGUAAAAUGUCUGUUUAGGACUUGGGCCAACCUUGACAAUCUAACAGUGAAAUGGAAUAAAGGACAGAGGCGGGUUGGCGGGACCCAGCCCCCAACUGGAGAUGGAGAGAAGCUCUUUCCCUGAUCCUACGUGGCUCUAGAACGAGUACAUAUGUGAGAGGGCUAGAAUAGCAAAAAUAGCUAAGUGCUGGCCAUGGGGACACAUGCCUGUGUGGGUUAAGAGGUUCACUCUGAAUUCAAGGCCUGCCUGGGCUGCAUAACAAGACCUUGUCUACAUACACACACACACACACACACACACACACACACACACACAUACACACACACACACACACAGAGAGAGAGAGAGAGAGAGAGAGAGAGAGAGAGAGAGAGAGAGAGAGAGAGAAGCUAAAUAUUAACUACAUGUGGCUUAGGCCAAAGUCUCUGUAAGUUGUAAUUUCAUAGGUUUUGUCAGGUGUAUUUCAGCAGCCUCUGGCUUCAGCACGGGGGGCCAUAGUUCUGACUCAAUACUGAACAGUGAACGAGACCUGUGCUGCCUGGAGGGAGAACCAUGCCUAUAUACAUCAAAGGGAUCAGAUUCCUUUUGUCAAGGAAUUUCAGAAUGGAUUUUUAAGCACCAGCCAACCAGGUCAGGCUUGGCUGAUACUACAUGCUUAGACUGUGUGAGGGCCCUUGUCCAGUCUCCAGCACCUUCAACUUUGAGACAGUAAAAUCCUUUCCUUCAGAAGCGGUGAGUCUGCUGGGUUCUGCAAGUCUACCAAAGAUUGUCGUGAAGAGUUUCUCAGCGUCUGUGUGCAGACAUGCUCCCUCCUGCUUCCUUCGUGGUGUUAAGUCCAGCCCUUGCAGUUAGUCAUCCGAAGAGGGCUAAGAUAGGACCACAGGCAGCUGGCACAAGCAACUCCGUUCCCUUUGCCAAAGGCUCCCAAGUUAGAAAUGAAGUUGUUUGCGUCUGUGGUGAGGGAAUUGACCGGCCGUUGCUUCAGCCUCCUUCCCAAGUAAACAAGCAGGCAGCACUGGGAGGACAGUGGUGACCUGCACCACGGAGCCUGCAAGACAUUAUUUUGAAUGGAACAUUCGAUGUCGUUUUUUUAGGGAGCAGGAACCAAAUAACAGAGGCCAAGGACCAUGCAUAUUUCAAGGAGGGAAGAUGAGUGCCCUCUGCUGGCAGUAUUUGGAGUUGAUUAGUGCUGAGGUCAGCAGGCCUCAGGAAUCCUUACCAUGCAAACAAUCUCGAGGGGAAACCAGAAGGUCAUUCCUAGCAGUUACUGUAAUGCCUCUCAUUGCAGGCUGUUGGAUUUAUGUUGUUCAUUUGGUGUGAUUCAUCUUAUGUAUCUGAUAGUUUUUAUGGAUAAUCGUUUGAGUUGUAAACUCCUAUACUCUUUAUUAAAAUGAACCUAAUUAAGAGA